GCUGAUCCAGUUUUAUUUGUAGCUGACCAGAAUUCACUGAGAUAGAUACCAGUACUGCAGCAAUUAUCAGAACAACACAAAUGAGAUUUCUGAGAAAUCGUGGUCCUAGACGUCCAAGACAAAGAGUUACCAAUUGGGUCGAAAUUGCAAAAGAAAACGAAAAGUUUGAAAUCUACUAUAAAGCACAAAAUAUUAUCUCCGAAAGUAAAUGGAAUGACUUCCUCAGUGUUUGUAAGAACGCUCUACCAUUAACUUUCAGAAUUACUGGUUCUAGAAACCAUGCCAAUGAAAUAUUAUCUCUCUUCAAAGAGAGAUACUUGCAACCUCUUUUAAACGCAAAACCUUCUUCGGAUCUUGAAGGCGAAAUUCAAUCAAUGUCCUUACCAUGGUACCCCAAUGAGUUUGCAUGGCAAUUGAAUGCAACAAGAGCUUCUAUGAAGACAAUUCCUGAAUACAAAAAAACUCAUAAUUUUUUGGUAUUUGAAACCGAAGUUGGAAAUAUCUCUCGACAAGAGGCUGUUUCGAUGAUUCCCCCAUUGCUACUAGAUGUCAAACCAAACCAUUAUGUUCUUGACAUGUGUGCAGCUCCAGGUUCCAAAACGGCUCAGCUAAUCGAAUCUUUACAUUCCAAUGAUAACGAUGAACUUCCAACUGGCUGUAUUGUUGCUAAUGACUCAGAUUACAAAAGAGCUUAUAUGUUGGUCCAUCAAAUUAAAAGAUUGAAUUCUCCAAAUGUUUUGGUUGUUAAUCAUGAUGGUCAAUUGUUUCCUAAAAUCAAAAACUCUUUGUUAACAAAUAACAAAAAAAGCGGCGAAUUCAUAAAAUUUGAUAGAAUAUUGUGCGAUGUUCCCUGUUCUGGUGAUGGAACAAUGAGAAAAAACAUUAUGGUUUGGAAAAACUGGGGAGUAGGUAAUGGUAUCGGGUUGCACACUUUACAACUAAACAUUUUAAAUAGAGGGUUACAGUUAUUGAAAAAAGGUGGAAAAUUGGUUUAUUCCACUUGUUCGCUAAACCCAAUUGAAAAUGAGGCUGUUGUUGCUGCUGCUUUGAGGAAAUGGGGAGCUGACAAAAUUAGAAUUGCUAAUGUUGACAAUCAAUUACCAGGUUUAAUUAGAGAAAAGGGUUUAAACACUUGGAAAGUAUUCAAUAAAGAAAUGAAAAUUGUUAAUGACAAAGGGGAUGAAAAUAAUAUUAAUUUACAAGAUUCUUUAUUUCCUCCAACGGAAGAUGAAAUAUCCAAGUUUAAUUUGCAAAACUGUGUUAGGGUUUAUCCCCAUUUCCAAAAUACUGGCGGUUUUUUCAUCACUCUUAUUGAAAAAAUUGAUGACGAUGAAGUUUACAAAAAUAAUGUCAAUGAAGAUGAAUUUUUAACUGAAGACUCCAAAAAACGUUCUUCUAGUGACAGUGAAUUGCCAGAAUUUAAAAAAAUUAAAAUUGAUGAGGAUGGGUUGGAAGUAGAUAAAGAGAAUAAAUCUGUUGAUAAAACUGACAAAGAAAAUGAAAAAAAUGAUUUGAAAAUUCAAAAACCCAAAGGUAGAUUGGCUAGAAAUGGUAAUAACGAAGAGCCAUUUAUAUUUCUUGAUAAAAACGAUGAAUUGUUGAAAAGAGUUUGGGGUUUUUAUGAUAUUAAUGAAAAAGUUUCAAAAGAUUGUACAUUGGUUAGAAAUGGGUCAGGUGAAGCAUUAAGAACCAUUUACUACGUAUCGCCAUCAUUAAAGGAUAUAAUUACUAAUAAUGAAAUCAAAUUGAAGUUUAUUCAUGGCGGAAUCAAACUUUUUUCUUCACAAAGACUAAAAAAUCAAUCUGAAGAUUUUAUUCCUUGGAGAAUUCAAUAUGAAUCGUUAUCAUUUUUACUGAAAUAUCUCGGAUCCAAAAGAAGAAUUGUUUGCGAUGAUGUUACACUAAAAUUCUUGAUUGAUACUAAAUUUCCAAAAUUUGAAAACAUUGCAGACCUUAAUCUGGAAUUUGUUGAAGAGAUUAAAAAAAUAGAAACUGGAUGUUGUUUCUUAGAUAUCAUUAGAGAGGAAGGUAAAGAAAAUUUAUGUUUACCAUUUUCUAAAUCCGAUAAUUCAGGACAUUUGAUGGUUAAUAAAAAAGAUUUGAUUGAUCUAUUAUACAGAAUUUAUGGAAUUGAAACCGCAAGAAAAGAUAACAAAAAACAGCAAUCUAAAGAGGCCAAUGAAAAUACAGAAAACUCAAACAAAGAAUUGGAAAAUAAGGAUAAUGACAAAGAUAAUGACAAGAAAGACAAUGAAAAUGACAACGAAAAUGACAAUGAAAAUGAUAAUAAAGAUAAAAAAGAAAAUACUGAUAUUAAACUGGAAAACUAAAAGUUUUCUGCUUAAGGUAGUUAGCUUGGUUAAAGGCUAUGGUAACUUUGAUUAUUUCAUUAUUCUUCUCCAGACUUUUGUAGUAUAAAUUUAUUCCUUUAUACAUAUUUUUUUAAGGGUAUAUUUUUAAUUUACUUUUAUUUUUCAAAGAAAUUUUUAUAUCAUU